GUUUAAGGGGAAGUGGCCCCGAGGUCCCUCAGUUUUGCGCUGGUUUAAAUGUCCAGUACACGCAGAGGGAAGUCGCCAUGGUUCUCACGGGUACCUGGGCUCUGUCAGACAAUCGAGAAGAAGAGCCAUCCAAAACAUUACCUCCAGCACAUGAACUGCUGGUCAAGACCAAACAAAAACAGGAUGAAGAUGUUAUAUGGGACUUGUGUGAUUCAGAUUCCUCAGGCUACACAGACCAUUCAUCUGAUGUGAUUGACGUCACAGACAUGGUCACACAAUUUCGGAUUGGGGAACGUUUCCAGGCAAAAAUUGUUCCAGCUUCAAAUGGAUCUCCGGCAGAGUUAAUCUACGUGCUGAGCAGUGAUGAUGAGAAAGAUGAUGAUGUUGAUGACAUCAACAUGUCCGACGCUGCGGCCUGUAAGAAUGGUGCAAGCAGACAUUUACUAUGCGAACUUCAGAACUGUGUGAUCAAAUCAGAAGUCAUCGAAAAAGUAAUAAAUAAGAAACUUAUAAAGAGAGAGACCAGCAUCUCCACCAGUACACUGUCACAGACCCCGCGGAGCAUCGCCAAGCGGAAACGCAAGAAACACAGCCCCAGGAAAAGAUCCACAACUGAUUCAGGAGACUGGGGGAAGGAGGACAAAGACGAGUGUGAGAAAGGCAGAGGUGGGCGGAAGCGGUCGAAGGAUGUUAACAUUCCGCUGGGCAUGGCAUUGGACGUCAACAACUCACCUGACCAUACGCACAAGAGGAAGUCAUUAACUAGAGUGUACAAUAAGAUCAUCCCAUCCAACAGCGUUACCUACACUCAGCCCGACCAGACACGCCGAGAGGAGAUGAUUACGAGGAUUGUGGACAUGAAACUAGACAUUGAAGGGUUCUGUCUGUGUUGCGGGAGUGACAACGUGGAGAUCUUCCACCCGCUCUUCAAAGGAGGUCUCUGCUUGAGGUGCAAAGACAACUUCACAGAGACCUUGUAUCGCUACGACGAAGACGGCUAUCAGUCCUACUGCACCAUCUGCUGCUACGGCCUGGAGGUCAUUCUGUGCGGGAAUAGCGGCUGCUGCAGAUCUUACUGCAAUGACUGCCUCAACAUCCUGGUGGGCCGCGGGACCUUUGACUCGCUCAAGCAUGUGGACCCGUGGAUCUGCUAUAUGUGUCAGGACCACCGAACUCACCGUGCCCUCCUUCCCAGAGAGGACUGGAGCAUUCGCGUCCAGCAGUUCUUUGCCAACAACAGCGCCAUGGAGUUUGAGCCCCACCGCGUUUACCCGUCCAUCCCCACUAACCUACGAAGACCCAUCCGAGUUCUCUCACUUUUCGACGGCAUUGCAACAGGAUACCAGGUGUUGAAGGACCUCGGCUUUAAGAUCCACACGUAUGUCGCCUCAGAGAUUUGUGAGGAUUCCAUCGCAGUUGGGCUCAUCAACCACGAUGGGAAGAUCGUCCACGUUGGUGACACCCGUUGCAUCGACAAGAAACUUGUGGAGAAAUUGGGUCCUUUUGACUUGCUGAUUGGUGGAAGCCCCUGUAACGACCUUUCCAUCGUAAACCCCAUCAGAAAAGGACUCUACGAGGGUUCAGGCAGGCUCUUCUUCGACUUCUACCGCAUCCUGCAGCUGCUUAAGCCCAAAGAAGAAGACCACCAGCCGUUCUUCUGGCUCUUUGAGAAUGUCGUCUUCAUGAACAUGCAUGACAAAGUCAACAUCUGCCGCUUCCUCGAGUGCAACCCGGUUCUGGUGGAUGCCGUUAAAGUGAGCCCAGCCCACAGAGCGCGUUACUUCUGGGGGAACAUUCCGGGGAUGAGCAGGCCCAUUGCAGCAUCUCAGAGUGACAAGUUGAGCCUGCAAGACUGUUUGGAGAUUGGCAGGGAAGCCAGGGUCACCAAAGUGAGAACCAUCACCACCAAUCCAAACUCACUGAAGCAGGGCAAAAAUGUCUCGCUACUUCCAGUACUCUACCAAAGCAAAGAAGACAACCUUUGGAUUACCGAACUUGAAAAGAUCUUUGGCUUUCCCAAACAUUACACCGAUGUGAGGAACAUGAACCGGCAGCAGAGGCAGAAGGUGCUGGGCAAGGCUUGGAGUGUUCCCGUCAUCCGGCACCUCUUUGCCCCACUCAAGGACUACUUUGCCUGCGAGGAGCUCUCCCCCUCCAGCAUGCCCAGCCCAGGCACCGCCACAUCCGUCCCUCUACUGAUGUAGCAGCUCGGCUAGGAAGAGAAUGUUUCUUUAAAAAAAAAGAAAAAGGGAAUCAUGUUGAUUUUUUAAAGUAUUCUUUCCUGCAGUUUUGUCAGUUUACAAAUGUAUAUUUAUAUAUACCGGUACAUAAAACUGCGACAACUAUUCCAAAUAUGUGAACCCUUUGGAACAGCUUGGAUAUCUGCAUAAAUUAGUCAUAAAACUUCAUCUGAUUUUCAUCUAUGUCACAAAAAUGGGCCGUCAAAACUUUCUUAAACUAAUGGCACACAAACAACUGUGUCUAUGUUUUUACUGAACAAAAUGUGUAUGCAAUGUAAACAUGACAGUACAGGGUGGAAAAAAUAUAUGAACCCUGAUUUUUUUCAAGCGCUAAUCGGAUUCAGGAGUCAGUCGACCUCGACUCCAUUUAAUGGGACAAGAUUCAUGGAAGUGUUGGUAAAAGCCAUCGGCCUUUUAAAAACAGACUCGCUAAUUUUUAUUUUUUCCUGUGUGAUUACAAAAAAAAUGUUUGAGAUAACUCCUGCUGAAGAAGGUUCAACCAGUUAUUAAAGCCAAAGGUUCACUUUCUUUUUCUUACAGCUGUAUACAGCUCCAAAAAUAUGUUCACUCUUUAACUGCCCACUAAUCACAUUUUGCUUACUAAAUGUGUUUUCAUUUAUGCCUUUUAUAUUUUCUUAAAUUCAGUGCGAUUUGCUUUAAUUUAACUCAUUAGAGUUAUUUAUAUCAAUUAACACUAAAUCUGUGAGAAAUAUCGGAUUAAUGGCCAGUCAAAGCAUAAAUACAUUUUUGGGACACCCUGUCCAUUGUGUUCUGUAAUAUAUUGAAGAUGUGGCCUGCUCUAACUAAUGCCACACUAAGGAUUAGAUGUGUUUACUAAACAUACCAAGUAAAUGUUAACUGUGCAGGGUGGAAAAGUUUGGUAAACCUUUGGAUUUGUUGAUUGUUUGACCAUCCUUGGGCAGGAAUAACCUCAACCAAGCAUUUUCUAUAGUUGCAGAUCAGAGCUGCACAUUGAUCAAGAGGAAUUCUGGACCAUUCCUCUUAUUAAAAUAUUUCAAAUCAGAAAUUUUCUUGGAAUGUUGGAUCAUGCCACAGAAUCUCAAUUGUGUUAAGGUCAGGACUAUGGAUGGGCAACUCCAGUCGGUGGAUUUUCUUCUUUUCUAAGACAUUUGAUUGUGGAUUUAUUUUCAUCACCUACCUUUGUUAAAAUCAAUGUAUUUUUCCACAUGUACCGGUAAUCAUCCGUCAGCAUGUCGUGUUGCACCUCAAACCUAUAGUUUGCAUUUAAAGUAUUUGACGUUAGGAAACCAUGAAUGUAGAGUUGUUUUCUUUUGUUGUUUUUAACGUGCUUUAUUUUUCAUUUUGUUUUGGUCGCAAAAACAUACAUAUGUUUUGUAUGUCCACCCAAAGAUUGUACAAAAGCCCCAAAUCAAACAUUGAAAUGCAAAAUAAAUGGCAUUCUGUAUU